CCGAGACCGGGACCGGACCGAGCCGCUGCGUGCGGGCACCGCGGGGCCGGCCCGGGGCACUGCGCCACGGGUUCCAGCGGGAACCUCCUUUCCGCACCUGAUCGGAAGAAAAGGCCUGGCUUACGUCUCUGUAUGUGUGUGAGCACUGGGGCCGGGUGCUGACAGUCGCUGCCGUGAAGGACCUGGGGUGAGCUUGAAGUCUGGACUGGCUUGGGCUGUCUGAAGCCUCCCUCUGUGAAUGUCUGCAUUCUCUUGGGCUUCCUUCUCUCCCAGUGUGGCACCUUGCACCUUUGGAUAAAGCUGUUGUUCAGUUUUGCUUUGCAAAGCAAGUUCCUGCAGACAAGGAGGACGGGUUCUCAUUUCUCGAGAGGCUGUUGAGUCACGUGUCACAUCAAGAGCCACUGUUAGAUGUCCCCAUGUUCCUUGCCAGGACAUGCCACCCCUCCUGGUGACUGCCACUUCCUGCAGAAGGGGACCUGACUGAUCCCUGCCUGGCCUGGACACCUGUGUGCCCCCAUUUGCCAUUCAGAGUUGUCCCUUCAAGUGUACUGAGAAACCGAUGGGAGCUGGAGGAGCUGUGCCACAGAAGCCAAUGAUUCCUGCCAGCCAUGUGCCCAGCUGAGCGGGUCCCACAGCCCCCUGCCCCCAGGGCCUGUGCCAGGAGCCACGCUGGGGUUUGCUGAGCCACAGGGUUCAUGUUGAGCGUGCUGUGUUUUAGGGUGCUGAGGAAGAUGCAGAGGCGGCACAGCAGCAACACUGACACCGUGCCUCCUGAAAGGAGCCGCAGCCAGGCGGUCAGCGCCGAGGCCGGCGUGGAUGAGGGCGGCGUGUUCGAGAGCCUCAAGGCCGAGGCCUCCUCCCCUCAGCAGCUCUUCUCGGGGCUGGCCGGGCUCCCCUCGGGCUCCAUCCCGGCCGCGCCCUUCCCCUCGGGGCUGGUGCUGGGCUCGGCGGCCGGCGGCGGGGAGGUGUUCAUCCAGAUGCCGGCCCCGAGGGAGGAGGCGGCGGGCCGGGCUGAGGGGGCCGCGUUCCACCACCGCGCCCCGGCGCAUCACUUCCACCACGGGCACCACCGCGGCUCGGCCCUGCUGCACAUGGCCGGGGAGCGCCACGGGCACGCCGAGGAGGGCGCCGAGGAGCAGGCCGGCACUCCGGCCCCGGCCCUGUCCGAGCUCAAGGCUGUGGUUGGUUGGCUGCAGAAGGGACUCCCCUUCAUCCUGAUCCUCCUGGCCAAAGUUUGUUUCCAGCACAAGCUUGGAAUUGCUGUGUGCAUUGGCAUGGCCAGCACCUUUGCCUACGCCAACUCCACGCUCCGAGAACAGGUGGCUCUGAAGGAGAAGAGAUCAGUGCUGGUUGUCUUCUGGAUCCUGGCCUUUCUCACUGGAAACACCCUGUACUUGCUUUACACAUUCAGCUCUCAGCAGCUUUACAACAGCCUCAUAUUCCUGAAACCCAACCUGGACAGGCUGGACUUCUUCGACCUGAUGUGGAUCGUGGGCAUCGCAGACUUUGUGCUGAAGUAUCUCACCAUUGCCCUGAAAUGCCUCGUCGUGGCCCUGCCCAAGAUCAUCCUGGCUGUCAAGUCAAAGGGGAAGUUUUAUCUGAUCAUUGAGGAGCUGAGCCAGCUGUUCCGCUCGCUGGUGCCCAUCCAGCUGUGGUACAAGUACAUCAUGGGAGACGAUCCCUCCAGCAGCUACUUCCUGGGUGGGGUCCUGAUCAUCAUGUACAGCCUCUGCAAGUCGUUUGACAUCUGUGGCCGUGUGGGAAGUGUCAGGAAGGCGCUGAAGGUCCUUUGCACCCCCCAGACCUAUGGAGCCCGUGCCACGAGCCAGCAGUGCAGCGAGGCAGGAGACAUCUGUGCCAUUUGCCAGGCAGAGUUCAGGGAACCUCUGAUCCUUCUGUGCCAGCACGUGUUCUGCGAGGAGUGCCUGUGCCUGUGGUUCGACCGGGAGAGGACGUGUCCCCUGUGCCGCUCGGUCACCGUGGAGACGCUGCGCUGCUGGAAGGACGGCGCCACCUCCGCGCACUUCCAGGUGUACUGACAGCACCAGGCACGGCGGGAGGGCUGGGGAACCCGGGCUCCCUGCUCAGCCUCGCCCUUCCUCCAGCUCUGAGCCAACACAGCAAUCGUGACUGCCCGGAAACUUCACCCUGGCGGGCAGGGGAGGUGUGGGGUGUGUUGUGGCAAACU